AUGGCGUUUCUGUUUGGCCGCGCCCGACAGAAGACAUCACCGGACCUUGCGAAAGUAGCCAGGGAUGCAAUUUCCAGAUUGGAUGGACCACUGGGACAAAAGGCAGAGGAAGAUUUGGCCAAGACUCUGCUUCAAAUGAAGUUAGUACUAGGGGGAACUCACGAUACCGACAGCAACCCCGAACAGGCAUAUCAUCUCGUAAAUAGCAUCAUCCAAGAAGAUCUCAUUCCGAUCCUUGCCCGAACGAUUCCCAGGCUGCCGUUCGAAUCCAGAAAGGACUGCCAGGUGGUCUUUUCAUAUGUCUUUCGAUUUGUUCCGCCAAAUGGGUCCGUGACAGAGCCGCCAGCUCUUCAAUACACACUUCAUAGCCGAACGGAUACUGUCAUAGAGCUGUGCAAAGGCUACGAGCACCGAGAAAGCUAUAUGACAUGUGGCACAAUACUGCGAGAAUUACUGAAGCAUGAAACCGUUGCGGCAAUUAUUUUGUACGAUGAGCCUAGGGCGCCCGGUCACCCAAUUCGUCUCAAUGAUAUUGACCUUAGCAAGCCGCAAUCUGGCAAUGGAGUGUUUUGGAAGUUCUUCAGCUGGAUCAACGAAUCUUCCUUUGAAGUCAGCACAGACGCUUUUACCACUUUCAGGGAAUUAUUGACAAAACACAAGCAGUUAGUGUCGCGUUAUUUGUGCGUCAAUUUCGAAAGAUUCUUCCCUCAUUAUAACAAUGUUCUUGUGCAGUCGGACAGCUAUGUCACAAAACGCCAAUCGAUUAAGCUCCUCGGGGAAAUCCUCCUUGACCGGGCCAAUUAUCAGGUUAUGACAGCUUACGUAGACAGAGGGGAGCACCUCAAACUCUGUAUGAAUCUCUUGCGCGAUGAAAGAAAAAUGGUUCAAUAUGAGGCGUUUCAUGUUUUCAAGGUUUUUGUUGCCAAUCCAGACAAGUCUGUUGCUGUACAGCGAAUACUCCUCAACAAUCGGGAUAGGUUACUUCGGUUUCUUCCCAAAUUUCUGGAGGAUCGGACAGAGGAUGAUCAAUUCAAAGACGAAAAGAGCUACCUGAUUCGCCAAAUCGAAACUAUGCCACCCGUACCUAUUGAACCAGCGCGCCGAGGCGGAGCCACGGGUGGGGGAUCAGCGGUCACAGCGAGCGUCGGCUGA